GCGCUUCCGCAAAGAUGGCGGCCGCUGCGGCAAGAGGUGCUUGGCUGGCAGCCUGGAGCGGAAGACUGCGGCGUGGGGUCGCGGCGGGACGGCGAGCUCUGCCCGGCCUCGGCCCCCUGACCGCGGCCGUGGCCGGCGCAGCCCUAGCAAGCACAGGCGUGGUAUGGUACCGUGGCCGCAAGAACGACGCGGCACCCCAAGGCAGCCUCACCGUCUUAGCACAGGAAAAUAUUGACUCUGGAGAGAUGGGAGAAAAAUUGUCCCUUCGUAAACAGCGCUUCAUGCAGUUUUCUUCACUAGAACAUAAAGGAGAAUAUUAUAUGACACCACGAGACUUCCUCUUUUCAGUGAUGUUUGAGCAAGUGGAACGUAAAACUGCAGUAAAGAAGCUGACAAAAAAGGAUAUCGAGGAUAUACUGGCAGGAAUCCAACCAACUCGUUCUGGAGCAACCUUUUUCAGAGACCUUGGUGAUAAAGGACUGAUUUCAUAUACUGAGUAUCUUUUCUUGCUUACAAUCCUUACUAAACCCCAUACUGGGUUUCAUGUUGCUUUUAAAAUGCUGGAUGCAGAUGGUAAUGAGAUGGUUGAGAAAAAGGAAUUUUUUAAGCUACAGAAGAUCAUAAGUAAACAAGAUGACUUGAAGACAACAAUAGUUAAUGAAACAGAGUCCCAGGAAUCAACAGUGAAAGAACCUGAAAUUACCACAACCCUUCAGAUACAUUUCUUUGGAAAAAGAGGAGAAAGAAAACUUCAUUAUAGGGAAUUUCGAAGAUUUAUGGAGAAUUUACAAACAGAGGUCCAAGAAAUGGAAUUCCUUCAGUUUUCUAAAGGUUUGAGUUUCAUGAGAAAAGAAGACUUUGCAGAGUGGCUACUUUUUUUCACUACCACUGAAAAUAAAGACAUCUAUUGGAAAAAUGUAAGAGAGAAGUUGACAGCAGGAGAGAGUAUUAGUUUGGAUGAGUUCAAGUCAUUUUGUCAUUUUACGACUCACUUGGAAGACUUUGCUAUUGCCAUGCAAAUGUUUAGUUUAGCUCAUCGUCCUGUCAGACUGGCGGAAUUUAAGAGGGCCGUGAAAGUAGCAACUGGACAGGAGCUCUCAAACAAUAUUUUGGACACCGUCUUCAAGAUCUUUGAUGUGGAUGGUGAUGAAUGUCUUAGUCAUGGAGAGUUUCUUGGGGUUUUAAAAAACAGAAUGCAUCGAGGUUUAUGGGUACCACAACAACAAAGUAUACAUGAAUACUGGAAAUGUGUGAAAAGAGAAAGCAUUAAAGGAGUAAAAGAAGUCUGGAAACAAGCUGGAAAAGGUCUCUUUUAGAAAAAGCUAAUAUGGGAACUAUAUUGCUCCAAAUGUACUAGUAAUUUAGACAUUUUUUUAAGUACUAGAUACUUGUCUUGAUUUUCUUUGUAAUAUAAAGAUGCCUUUUAUUUACUUUCUGAUUCAAUAAUUUCUUAAUAAAAUUUCAUCAAAGAACUUAGUAAAAAUAGAUACUGGAUUCUGUCAGAGGAUCUAGAAUUGAAGUAAUGCUUUAUACUUUGAUAAGAUGGAAAACCUAGUUAUUCACUGACUUCUUAGACACAGUAUUACCAUGUGCUCUUCAGAAAGGUGUCAGCUAGUACUUACAGAAAAAAAUAUUUGAUACACAGGCCAAUAUUACAUCCAGGAGUCCUGAUGAUCCCAGUAAGGCAAAUUAAAUUUAAAACAUCUCAGGUUUUCUCAUUGUAUGUCAUAUCUCAUAAGCUCCUUGUGUAUUUUGCUUGUUAGCUGUAUAUUAAUUUUCUCUAAAAUAAUAUGUAAAUCCCAAUAUCCUAUGUAAAAACAGAAUAAAAUAUUUAUACAGAUACAAAAAUUA